ACGCUGCUGCUCAAAUCCUACCAGAACUACGUGCGCGCCUGGCGGCAAGGGCUGGAUCGUGACCGGAAUGGGCAACUGGACUACAACGAGUUCAAAAUGGCCGUGAAAGAUGUCGGCUUCGCUGGGAAUGCCCGUGAGCUGUGGCAUCAGCUGGAUGAGAAUGGCAACGGGGUG